AUGUUGUCACGUCUUAUUGAGCUAUCGGAGCGCGCUCCAAAAGACUUCACCUUAGCCUUAGGCUUCUCAAUCCUCAGUGCGCUGUACCUCCUCCGACGCUGGCUUCUUCCAAAGCCAAUCCCAGGUAUCCCAUAUAACGAAAAUGCAGUCAAGUCCUUCAUGGGCGACAUCCCCGAGUUCAGAGAUGCUCCUAAUCGUCGAGAAUGGUGGGCGCAGCAACCUGCGAGACAUCAAUCGCCAAUCGUUCAGGUCUUCAUGAGACCUUUCGGCGCACCAUGGGUUUUUGUAGCGGAUUACUUUGAGGCCUCGGAUAUUUGUAUGCGUCGAUUGAAGGAGUUCGACCGAAGUGAUGUGACAUGGGAGCAGUUCAACGGUGUUGUACCGGGUCAUCAUAUCACGCUGAAAUCCUCGGAUCCAAAGUUCAAGAAGAACAAGGAGUUGAUUCGUGAUUUGAUGGCACCGACUUUUCUUCAGCAGGCUUCGGCUCCGGAGAUCCACGACAAGUUCGGUAGUCUUCUCAAGCUUUGGGAUCGUAAACUAGACUUAUCAGGCGGCCGGCCAUUCGACAUAGCUCAGGACAUCCACAACUCAGCACUCGAUAUUAUCCUCGGUGCCUCCUUUGGCAUUGACUCUGGAGACGGGCAAGUUAGCAGGCAGCUCGAAGAGCUCAAGGCGAGAACCGUAUCAGGUGGACAAGAUGACCUCUUCGAGUUCGAGGACGUUCCUAUCGACGAAGAACAGAGCUGCUUCACUACUAUUGCAGACAGUGUCGGUCUGUCCAUGAGAUCGCCUCUUCCCACUAUCCAUCACUUCCUCUACCGUAAUCUCUCGUCAGAGAUGCGAAGGGCAAGAGCGGGACGUGAUAGAUUGAGGGAUCGUGAGAUUGCCAAGAGCAUUGAACGAAGAGAAUCGGGACAACCUCAACGCUGUGCACUGGAUAAUAUGCUUGCUAGAGAGGAUGUCAUCGCUGAGAAAGAAGGACGCAAGCCCAAUUAUCGAAGUCAAACGAUUAUGAGCGAGCUGAUGGGCUACUUGGUAGCUGGACAUGAGACGACAUCAGCUGUUCUGCGAUGGGGCAUGAAGUACCUGACUGCCAACCAGCGCGUACAAUCACUUCUCCGUGAAGCUAUCCGAAACGCACAUCCAGAAGCAGUAAAGCAAAACAGGGUUCCAACGACGGAGGAGAUUCUUAAAGCUCAUAUCCCAUACCUCGACGCUGUCAUAGAAGAGAUGCUAAGGCACUCACGCGUCGCCCCAGUCACCCUUCGCCAAGCCACCGCUGAUACCCAGAUCCUCGGUCGAUUCAUCCCGAAAGGAACGACAGUUGGCUUCCUCGGCAACGGCCCCGGUGUCAUGAUGCCCAGCAUCCCAGUCAACCAGGAAAAGAGAUCUGAGGCUGUUUUAGCACAUAUGGAAAGAACUCAACUUUUUGAUGAAGAAGACCUUGCACAAUUCGUUCCCGAAAGGUGGCUUACGACCACUGUUAAUGGGGAAGGUGAGGAAGAGACGGUGUUUGAUCCGCAGAAGAGACCGUCUCAAGCAUUUGGACUUGGACCUCGUGGCUGUUUCGGUAAGAAAUUGGCAUAUAUCGAGAUAAGGAUAUUUCUCACGCUGUUCUUCUGGAUGUUCAAGUUGGAGACGAUUAAGCCUGAGCUAGCGACCGACGAUGAGAUGCUCGCGUUAACGAGGUCGCCGAAGAACGUGUACGUCAAACUGGCAAAGGUUCAACGUUAA